CUGCGGGGGGAGUUGGGCUCGCCUCACGCUGACAAUAGCCCGCCGGGCCGCGCCGGCGCCGGGGAUGGAGGCCGAGGGCUCGGGCAGGUAUUAUUCGCCUCUUCAACAAGCCCAAACUUUUUAUCCAUUUCCAUUCCAUCAAGUGAUAACUGGAGCUCCUAACAUGGAAAUUAUGAAUGAACAACAAACUCUGGAGGAGAUUCCAGAGCCAAAUUUUGCUUCAGAACCUACUCAAGAAGUUACAAGGGGCAGGAAGAGAAAAACCAAAUCAACUGAGCCCAAAAAGCCUGCUGCCAAGGCAACUAAGUCAGCUAAAUCAAAAGGCAAACAAGAAAAGAUCACCGAUGCUUUUAAAGUCAAAAGAAAAGUGGACCGUUUUAAUGGGGUAUCUGAAGCUGAACUGUUAACCAAGACUCUGCCUGAUAUUUUGACCUUCAAUCUGGACAUCGUAAUAAUUGGCAUAAACCCAGGCUUGAUGGCAGCCUACAAAGGGCAUCAUUACCCUGGACCUGGAAAUCAUUUUUGGAAGUGUCUUUUCAUGUCUGGGCUGAGUAAAGAACAAUUGAACCAUAUGGAUGACCACACUUUACCACAAAAAUACGGUAUUGGAUUUACAAACAUGGUGGAGAGAACAACACCAGGUAGCAAAGACCUCUCCAGCAAAGAGUUUCGGGAAGGAGGGCGAAUUCUGAUGCAGAAAUUGCAAAAAUAUCAACCUCGCAUAGCAGCUUUUAAUGGAAAAUGUAUUUAUGAAAUUUUUAGUAAAGAAGUGUUUGGAGUAAAAGUUAAAAACUUGGAAUUUGGAUUGCAGCCACACAAGGUCCCCGAUACAGAAACGCUCUGCUAUGUUAUGCCAUCAUCCAGUGCAAGAUGUGCCCAGUUUCCUCGUGCACAAGAUAAAGUACAUUACUAUAUAAAGCUCAAAGAUUUAAGGGAUCAGCUGAAAGGCGUUGCACCAAACACAGAGGUGCAGGAGGUGGAGUACACAUUUGACUUACAGCUUGCACAAGAGGAUGCUAAAAAGAUGGCAGUUAAGGAAGAAAAAUAUGAUCCAGGAUAUGAAGCAGCAUAUGGAGGUGCUUAUAGUGAUGGAACAGUCCAUGAGAGCGAACAGUGCAACUUCUCUUCAGAUGGAACUGCAUCAAGCAAUCCAGAGUACAGUGGAGGUUCAUGCUUUGGUGAUGUUCCUAAUGGACAGUGGAUGACACAGUCCUUUACAGACCAGAUUCCAGAAUUCAAUAACAGCAGGGCACAAGAGCUAGAAGGAAGCAGUGUAUAAAAGCUGCUUCUGCAGUGUAUGCAUAAAUGCUGCAGUUUUAAUGCAGUUAACAAAAGUGGUACCUCAGUUCUGUAACUGAAGCAUUUUAAUAGUAUUUUACCUCUCUUAGAUAUUUUAUUGUAGUCCAAACCAAUUGUGUGGUAGAUUUAAUCUUAUGAACUAGGUAAUUUUAAGGAAAAGUCCAACUUAAAAAAAAA